AUGGAGCAAGAGCCCAUAUGGUUUGUGGUUUGUCUAGGGUUAAACAGAUGUGGAAAGAGUUGCAGGCUUAGAUGUACAGACUAUUUGAGACCAGAUAUCAAGAGAGGCAAGUUCUCUCAAGAUGAAGAACAAACCAUUCUCAAUCUCCACUCCAUUCUUGGCAACAAGUGGUCUGCAAUAGCAACUCACCUGCCGGGAAGAACAGACAAUGAGAUAAAGAAUUUCUGGAACACUCAUUUAAAGAAGAAGCUGAUCCAUAUGGGUUUCGACCCGAUGACCCAUCAACCCAGAUCCGAUAUUUUCUCGACCCUGCCCCAACUCAUAGCACUCGCUACCCUUAUCGAAAACCCAUCUUUGUGGGAAGAGCAAGCCAUGCGGCUCCAAGCCGAACAAGCCGUUCAUAUGGCUCGGCUCAAUAACUGCCUCCAAAAUCUCCUCCAACAACCACCGCCUUCAUUCUUGCCGCCGCCGCCCCCCACUUUCCAAUCGAAUAAUAAUACUAUCGCAGAUAUGGCGGAUUUCAAUCUUUUGAGCCACUACGAAGCGGCGGCGGCGGCGGCGGUCCCAGCCGGAGUUCUUCAGGAGCCGAUGGGUUUCUCACAUCUGCCUGAUUUAGAGGUUUAUGAUUUUGGUGGGUUGAUCAGCCAUGGUGAGAACUCGGCUGGGUCUUCUUCUUCGGAGUGGCUCCGGCAGAAUCUGCCGCCGCCUGCGGCGGAUCCGGUGGUGGCGGAGAGUGAUUCAUUUACUAACGUGGUGGAUGGAUGCAGUGCAUCCAGCUAUGAGGGUGGUGGUCAAAUGUGGUCUGAACUUUUGGAUGAUCCUAUUUUCCAUGAUAUUGCUUAGUUUUUUAAAAUAGUGAUUAAUAUUUUAUAUUUAUAUAUAAAUAUAAUAUAUAUAAUAUAAUUGCAAUUGCAUGGGGUUUUGGAGUAUUAAUUAAU